GACUCCUUCCACCCCGUUUUCCAUUACACCAUCUCUGGAUUGUUGCCCCGCUGCAGUGUUCGCUUGUCCACUUCCUCCUAUGGAACCUAACAGCUCCAACACCCACUUGAUUGCCCGCUGCGCUGCCCGUCCACCGCGAUUGCUGAUUCUUGUCGGCUGACAACCGAACACCGACCGAAUGCGCAUCCGAUACAUGAUGUUCUCCUGAACAAAGCAAGGCGGUACCUUACAUCGACCGACGACGCUACAACACAGACAGCCCACCGAGCCUUGACUUGACGUCCCUAGCUUCAUUAGCUCCAACCUCUUGGGUCUGUUCGCUCCCGCUCCCAGGAUUCAAUCGAGGGACCAUCGCGGUUCCUCCAUUGCCCAUUCACCCUCUUCACCAGCCAGUCGGACGACAUCUGGUCAGACGAAACGAACGACCUUCCAUCCGCGAUUCAGUGUCGUCCACUUGUGUUGCAAGCGACUCCGUCUGCCAUGGCACAGGCCUACGAUGACGAGGAGCUUUCCAUCUCCUUGUCUCCUUCUCAGAUCCGAAGUCGCAAUAAGCGAUCCGGCGAUGGCGCAUCAGGCUUCGGCCCCAGUACCGGCAACCUCCACGAAUACGGUCAACACGGUCAGCAAUUACACCCUAAUAUCAACGCCGUCAUGGCCGACGCACCCCUCCGCGACAAGAUGCGCACCGAGCAGCGCAUCGGUGCCUAUAACAUUGUCAAGACGCUCGGCGAAGGCAGCUUCGGAAAGGUCAAGCUGGCUGUCCAUCGCAUGACCGGCCAGCAGGUCGCUCUCAAGAUCAUCGCCCGCAAGAAGCUCAUCAGCCGCGACAUGCAAGGUCGCGUAGAGCGCGAGAUUGAGUAUCUUCAAUUGCUAAGGCAUCCCCAUAUCAUCAAGCUGUACACCGUUAUCAAAACACCAACCGAGAUCAUCAUGGUGCUAGAGUAUGCCGGCGGCGAAUUGUUCGAUUACAUUGUUCAACAUGGAAAGAUGAAGGAGGACGAAGCCCGCCGCUUCUUUCAGCAGAUGCUAUGCGCCGUCGAAUACUGUCAUCGUCACAAGAUCGUUCAUCGCGACCUAAAGCCCGAAAACCUCUUGCUGGACGAUAAUCUCAAUGUCAAAAUUGCCGAUUUUGGUCUUAGCAAUAUCAUGACCGACGGUAAUUUCCUCAAGACCAGCUGCGGCUCUCCCAAUUACGCGGCUCCCGAGGUCAUUGGCGGCAAGCUUUACGCAGGACCCGAAGUCGAUGUCUGGAGUUGCGGUGUCAUUCUUUACGUCCUACUCGUCGGGCGCCUCCCUUUCGACGACGAGCAUAUCCCCAGUCUUUUUGCCAAAAUUGCGCGUGGAAGCUACAUGGUGCCGACCUGGAUGAGUCCCGGCGCGGCGUCACUAAUCAAGAAGAUGUUGGUUGUCAACCCUGUUCAACGUGCCACAAUUGACGAAAUCCGCCAGGACCCGUGGUUCCUCAAGGAUCUGCCGGCUUACCUUCACCCUCCUGUUGAGGAGUUCCUCAAUACUGGCGUGGACCCCAACAAGGCCAUCAAGGUUAGCGACAUUGCGCCAAAUGCCCCUCCGCAGGAACAGGAGAAGUUGCAUAAUGAGGUCACGGAGAAGAUCAGUAAAACCAUGGGCUACGGCAAGAGAGAUGUCGAAGAGGCCUUGGAGGCCGAUGAACCCUCGGCCAUCAAAGAUGCCUACAUGAUCGUGCGUGAGAACAAGCUGAUGCAGAGUAACCAAAUUCCAGGCCUCACGACAGAGGAGUCUGUCCCGAGUCCGCUCCAUGACCCGAAUAUGUCAUCAGCUCGCUCGAUCGCAUCCGUUAGCACAGCAACUUCACCGCGGCCAUAUGUCAGCAAGAUCGGUAUUUUGCCUAGCAGUCUUCCUACCUACCACAGGGUCUUUAUGGAGCGAGAGAAGGCCAAGGCCGAAGGUCUUGAGCCCCCUGAUGCCAUCCCCACCAUCGUUGAGCCGGCAAAUCAGCCGCGCAGCCAAGCUGAACAAGAAGAGACUAUCCGAAGACUCAAGCCACAUUCGAGGAGUCAACUUCGCCUUGACGAGGCCAACAAGCGCCCACAAGGACUUACCCCCGUCCACCCGCCCAAGAAGAACAAGCCUGCUCGAUGGCAAUUUGGUAUUCGAUCCCGGAACGCUCCUUGGGAGGCGCUGGUGUGUAUUUACAAGGCGCUAAACAAGCUUGGCGCUGGGUGGAUUGUCGAUGAAGACUACGAAAGAGCCCACCGGGACGAUGACGACACUGAUGACUAUGAUGGGCCUAGUAUCGGGUCCCGCAAGAAGUCAUCAUCCAGCAUGGAUCCCACCAAGACAUAUAGACUUCCUGCGGACCCCUGGCAUAUCAAGAUUCGGUGGACAACUGAUAAGCUCAAAAAGCAUUCGGUUGCCUCCGGCCUCAGCGAAGCAGGAGAGAACACGCAUGUUAGCCGGGAUGGCAGCGACAGCAAAUACCAGGUUGUGGCCAUGCGUAUGGAGAUUCAGAUAUACGAAAUGGAGCACGGCGUCUAUCUUGUCGAUUUCAAGGUAGACGGGUACGAGACCCCCGAUGGAAAGCUUCUAGAGGAUAAGGAAGUCACGAGCCCCUUCCCCUUCCUUGAUAUGGCGGCCAAACUCAUCAUGCAGUUGGCAGACGCAGAUUGAGGUGCCCCGACAAUCAAUUAAUGGCUUGCGGUCGCUACGUUCAUGCCUUUGGUUUUGUUUCACAGAUUCCGUGCCUUCAGUUCUGGCUAAUGCGUUGCUGAUACCUUUGUACCCUUUGCAUAUACUUACCGCAGCCUACACUGUUGGACACCAUCAACGAACAUGACUAAUGCUCCUUGACUUGCUGAACAGGAGGAAAUAUUCGCAGUACGGGUUGGGAAGAUUAUUUUACAUGGAAGCAAUUCGACAAACAAGAUACGCCUACGUUUAGAGAGUAUGGGGGCGGGCGUCACCUUUCUCUUCUAUACCAUGCUAUGUCUCAUCAUGCACCAGCAGUCUUUUCAUGGUCGAGUUUGUCAGUGCCAGACUGGCUUUGAAAUCAGGCCUCUUUCCCUCUGUGGAGGAAGACACGGUAUCACACAUUCGUUCCGUUGGAUUGGCAUUAAUGCUGCAUCUACACAUCUUGGGGAUGCCUUGGGAGCGUGGAAGCUUCGUUUUUUCCCCCCCUUUUUUCCCCUAUAAAGACAUAUCAGACUGCCCGUCAUGAUGUUGAAGGUUGGCAUUAGAAUGAUCAAGCUAUGGUGGUUGAACGCUAUUUGGGAUACCCAUUGGGAGGAGAUAGACUUGAAUCUGAUUUCGAGAUGAGUUACUUGUAGAUAUUUGUGCGGAAACUAGAUGUACGCC